CAGCUUGAUUUCAUCCGGUGAACACCGUAUUAAAAGUUGAGCUCCGAUACUUGACCACUCGCGGACGAUACCAACAGUCGGUGAGAACAGAAACUUUUCAUCAAUUUAACGGAAUCUUACGAGAAGACUCCAAUAGUCAAUCACGAAAGUUACUUAUAAUCAAAUUUUUGGUGUUGUUAAGUGUUUAAGUGACAUAAAUGAACUCGUUACUACAGUACAGUAAUCUUUCCGAGCGUCUUAGCUCGCAACUACCUGAAAUAAAUUUUUCGGACGACAACAACAAUAAUCAUGAUUUCGAGAAUACUGCUCCUACAAAAGAGGAUAAAUAUUCUCUUAGGCCGAGAUCUUUGAGGAGGGUAACAGAAAACGCUAAAGAAUCCUUAGGAGAAACUACUCACCGACAAAGUAAGACGCAUAAACCUAAACAAAAAGCAGCACCUUUAAGUAAAUAUAGGCGAAAAACCGCUAACGCCAGAGAACGUAAUAGAAUGAGGGAAAUUAAUCAAGCUUUUGAAACAUUGAGGAGGAUAAUACCUCACAUGCAGGCGACCCACAUACCUGGUGCUAACGAGAAGUUGACAAAAAUAACUACACUGAGAUUAGCCAUGAAAUAUAUUUCGACUUUAAGCGCAGCUUUGAAUGGCUCUACCGAAAUUGAAUCUUUAUCUGAUUAUAGUGACUUUGAUUGUCUGUUUCUUGAAUCGGACGGAGAAUCGAUUUCAGAUCACUCGGGAUCGUUGCUCACAUCCCCUGAUUUUCCGGAACCAUCAUUAUCACCUGUGGAUUUCGGUGAUCCUUCUUUACCUGCACUACUACAUACUGACUUUACUGAGCAUUCUUUAGAACCUGCUGAUUUUAGUGAUUUUCUAUUAACGUAACAACUAGUGAGUCCUUAUAAUUUUAGUGUUUAAUUAAAUCAAUCAAUUUGAUCACUUUCUUAGGAAAAAAUCACAGGUAAAUUACAAGAAAAUCGAUAAUGCUCUAAUUAACGUAUUAUUUCAUAUAAUCACUAUAAUUACUAUGAAAACGUUAGAUUUGAGACAAUAGUUUCUCAAUUCCGUAUUUAUUCACAAGUAAUUUUUUAGUUUAAACCUUAAAGAAUGUGUUGAAAUUGAAUAGUUUCUUCUAAGAAAUCGAUGUACAUAUGAUGUAAGUAAAUCUUCAAGAACACAGUAUUUUUUAGUAGAAAACAAAAAAAUUGAAAAUUAUAUAACUGGGUUUUCGGAUAGAGAACCUAUUAUCUUCGAAAUUUUCGGCAUUUAAAUAGUUUGAGAAGAAUAUUCGAAUAGAUAAAAACCAGGCGCACACUUUGGUCAUUCGGAUAAAACUGAUAAUUACCUAAUGCAUACAUUGAAUAGAUAAAGAAAAUAUUUAUAUCCAAUUUAUAUUUAAAAUUAUUUUAAGUCAUGUAGUUUGUGAAUCAGAUUUUAAUUUAAUUCAAUUAGAACCCUUUUAAUUCUAUGUUACUAUCUGAUAUUGAUUUACAUACAAUAUCUACACAGUAUAUGACAAUUUUUAUGAUCAUUACGAAAAAAUGUUCUCCAUAAAAUGAUUUGCAUGGUACUGUACAUGAUAUUUUUCAAUAGCAUAUAAAUUCACCUUUUAAUUUGUUAGAAAAAUUAUUGAUGAUUAUGUAUUAAUGAAAAAAAUAACUCUGUAUAUAGUACAAGCAAAAUUACUGUUAAAAAAAAUGCUAUCCUGUCAAAUAACAACUUCGUUUCGAAAUUAUAGCACCUAUUUAAAUAAUUAUUGUAUUAAUACAUCUAAAUGUUCUUGAUUUUAGGUCUCUUCUGUUUUAAAAUUGAUCUUUUUUUGAUAAUUUCUGGAAGAAAGACAAAUUUUGACGUCUUAACUUUUCUUUUAGUCUUAAAGAGAAGUCGAAACAUUUAAUCUUUCCUCCAAAAAUUAUCGAAAAAAAUUUAAUUUUAAAAGAGAUCUAAAAUUUAGAUGCAUUAGUUUAUUAAAAGGUCUAGGAAAUGACAAAUUGAGGAAAUGAUUAUUGUAUAUACAUACAAAUAAGUAUUAGGAACAAAAGACAGAAGUUUGAGAAGAAUUUGAGGUGCUUCAAUACCUUUAAAUUCAAAUAAAGCUAGUGUAACAAGAUAGCGAAUUCACUGAUAAAAAAAACACAUAAACAAUGAAGCAAAGAGAAGGGAAGAAUGUGAUAGUGCCUAAUAGUAUACACCAAACUUUGAACAUCAACAAAUAUUCGUUUUUUAUUUGGAUAAGAGAACAAAAAUCUAAUUUCUUAUUGUAAUUUCUAAAUUUUAUUGUAUAAAUAGGCCUUAAUUUAUAUGGGUGGAACUUUGAAACUCUUCCACCUAUAAAAAGAAGCAACAUCUUAACUUCAGUGCUCCACUUUUGGUCGGGUUCAUCUUCAAUUUUUCUCUCUAAUUUAAAUUCGUUAAUAAUUCUUAUUGUAUUGUGUAUUUUCGACAUAACUGGUACAUGAGUGGAAAAAUUUCUUGCCAGAGGGCUGCAAAUAACUUGAUUUAGUUAAAACAGUAAUAAUAAAGAUGUGGUGUAAACUUUUGUGGACACGUUGUACAAUUCAAAAAUUAGAAUUUGCAAACAAUAUUGGGUGGACGGUGAAUUCAUCAGAAUCAAAAGAAAUUUUUGCUUUCUAUCCUUGUAUAUGUCGCUCACUAAUCCUUACAUUUCUUUCUUCCUUCAAUAGAUCUUUAGAUAUUUUCUAUUACUUUUGAUUAGGUACUCAUGUUUUACAUCUUUCUGUUGGUUUAAUUCACUUCGUAUCAUGCAUUUUCUUAUUCUAUUUCAUUUGCAUUGUUCCAUACAUCCUACAAUUCCCAAAAUCUUGAUUAAGCACUGAACGUUCUUAGUGAACUGUUCACUGUUACGUAUGAUGUGCGUUUCGAUAAGUAAGCUAUCGUCUUCAGUGACUAACUGCAAAUCAAACAAUUUUGUCUAAUUUUUGAUGUUAUUUUAAUGAAAUCGUUGAUAAUAGUAUUACCAACGGUUCUAGCUAUUUCAACGGUUCAUUCAUUUCUUAAUAAGGUGAAACGAGAUCCAAAAGUUUCAAUAUUUGGUGAGAGAAACAAUAUAAUCGGAUCUACGGAUUAUAGAAUGUUUGAUGCUUAUUGAUUAUAAUAAAAUAGAUUAAAAUUAAUUAACAUAAAUCAUGAGAAUUUUUUGAAUAAAGCUAGUAUAUCCAGGCAACUCAACCAAAAUCUUGUGAAUUAUAUUUCUGUAGCUCACGUUCGAGAAAGGGACAAGAGAUUAUGAGAGUUAGCUUUUUGAUAAAAGUACGUGAUUUUUCUCAAUAAUACAUCAAGCUAGUCUCCAUUACAAAUAGAGGGGUUCAAUUCAUUGGUAAGAUCUCAAAAUUACAUUUGAAAUCUGUACAUAAUACCAAAAUGAGAAUGCUUAUAUUUUGAUAUGAACCUUUGUUCAUAAAAUUUCAUUUUAACUUAUAGAACUUUGUAACAUAAAACGAUAACUCUAUAUACAUAACGGAAACUCGGACUUUUCAAAAUUAAUUCCUUUUUUACAUGGAGCACACUGUUUUUUAUGGAGCAUGUAGGCUCUUCGAAUGUGUAUUUUCAAUGUCUGUUAAGCAUUUACUACAUUCCAAGUACAGAACAAAGUUAUUCCAUCAAGUUUAUUUGAGAAAUAAUAUGUGUAAAUAAAAUUUAAUAUAAUAUCAAUCGCUUACCGUUUGCAUAUUUAAUUUUUUUAGAUUCGCUUCAUCAGAUUUUUACAAUAAAUGAAAAAUAUUUAACAUAAUUAGAUUAUAUGUAAAAAAAUGGUGGAGAAGAUUUGAGUAUCGGUUGAAUGUAACAAAUGCUAUUUGUUUGCGUCUUAAGUUUAUCAUCAACGAUUUUUAGACCACAAGGCACCCAAGAAAUAAGCAUUUGCGGAAGUAGAGAAACUAACAUCUAAUUAAAAAAAUUGUUAUGAGAAUAGUCGUGAUUGAGGAAAAUAAAAUGAAAAAACUGCUAAUUAAUGCAGAUGAUCGAUCUAUCUACAAAUCUCAACUUUGGUUCCAAUACAGCAAGACAUUAGUCGUGACAGAUUGAAAGAAUCCGUAAAAAGCUCAUUUAUAGAAUGUGAAUUUCAGGAAGAAAGAUAAAGCAAAUUUCCAUAAAAAUAGAUGUAAAUCUUUGCUUCAUUAUCAAACGCUUCAUAAUAGAAAUGUCUCCACCGUAAUUAUUAGUGGAGGUGACGUGUAUUGUUAGAUAACCAUGUGCGAGGAUACCUCUUUGAUAUAAGACUAGCUAGUGUGGUUUCUUCAAAUAUUCUCCAAAACAUAAUUUACAACAUUCAUUCCAAAUACUUCUUAAUUUUAUGAGGAAACCUUCGAAAUGCAAGCUAGAGCUACGUCGAUUUCAAGGUACAUAAAUAAAAAGGACAAUGACUCACUAGUAGAAUGUAAUAGAUUAAUAUCAAGCAGGUUUAUUAAGAGAUAUCACAAAAUACCUACUAAGGAUCAAAUUAUACAGUGAAAAAAUGAAAGUUAUUACAAUAAGGUUCAGAGUGUUAAUUAACCUACGAUUUCCAUAUAAACAUGUCCAUAUAUCUUAAAGUAUUCUGCAUAAUGGAUUGAAACCUCAAAAGGAUUCUCAUUCAAAAAACCAUUUGUAGCACUCUAUAGUUAAGAAUCAAUCUAUGAAUGGUGAAUGAGAAAUUAAAUACAAAGUGUUUUAACAAUCUAGUGAAUGCCGAACAUUUCAUCAAAUUUCAACUUCCAAUAGAAAUAUUGAUAAGUGACGAUAAGUUUCACCCUGGCAUCUAGACACUACUGUAAACAUCAUGAACUGAAUUGGUUUUUUAAAGUCCAUUUUUUUCCAUUUUUAGGUUUUGUAGUCUAAAGAUCAGAAUACAUCGACUUUUGUUAAAAGGGCGAUUUUAUCAUGAAUGGAUAUAGGUCAAAUUAGCAUUUAAAUUUUUUGGUUUACUUUAAAAGGGCGCAAGUCUAGAAGAGUUUUUUUUAAAGGAGUAAGCCAUUUCCUCUAAGGAUUCUGUUGUUUAAUUUCUGCACUCAUUACAAGGUUGAGAAAAGCUUCUAUUUAUCACCUGAUCUAAAUCUUGAAACGAUGUGAAAGCUUGAUGUGAAGUCCUACUUUCAAUAAUGUAGCUAAACGAGCGGCAGUUGCAGAGGUUAUGCUACAUAAAUCAAGAAGUAAAAAAUUUUACUCAGCACGAACAAUCACAAGAAGGAAAACAUGAAGAACAUAUUUUGUCGUUAGCAUUUGAUUAUAUGAAAACUGUAUCUAUUCCUAAGACUCCCGUUCAGGUAGUCUGUCAAUUGCUUUGAGAUACAUAAUCUUAAGAGUACCAACACAACAUUACUCUUGUACCAAGAGGGUGUAGCAUGAAAAAGCCCUAAUGAGGUUUGCUCUUUUCUUAAUGAAUACCAAAAAUCAGUACCAAGCCCAUACACUGAGCUUCGUCUGUUCAGUGAUAACUGUUCGGGCAAAACAAAAACUAAGCGAUGUCAAGGUUUUGCUUAUACCUGACAGAUUUAGGUCAUUUCUAGAGGGUCACUCAGUAUUUCCAUGUUCGCGGCCACAGUUUUCUUCCGUGUAGCAGAGAUAUCUAAGGCUUUAAAGAAACAUAACCCCAUUUUUGAUGUUCAUGUAAUAACUCGCAUAAUUUUGCAAAACUCAUCACGAUUUAAUAAGUUUUCUGUUCAAGGGGUUACAUCAUCUGACAUAGUUUCAGAUUUCAAAAAAUUACAAAAUAAGUCUUAUACAAAAUCAUGUAUAUCACAAGAAACGAAAGGAAAAAACACAGAUAAGAAGGAUAAAAUGUGCUUUCAAAUCAGUACUGUUCGUUUAUGAAUCUAAGUUAUAAGGAUGUGUUAAAGCCUGCACUACAAUAAAUGGUAUUAUUUAUCAUAACUUUUCACUAGCUAACAUAAAAAAAGAUACUCUCUCUCCACUUUCGGUUAAGGCUUACCAAGGUCGAGUCCCAAUAAAAAUUGCAAAGAUAGAAGAUAUCAAAAAACUGAAAGCCCACAUCUCAGACGCGCUUCGGGGACUUUUCGAAGAAAUUUGUGACUGGCAAACUAAUGAUAGAUCUCAGGAGAUUACCAGCAAUUUCGAGGUUUUAGAAACCAACGAUAAUCUAUAAAUCAGAAAUAUGGCGCCAAAUCUACAUCUUUGAUUUUUUUCCUCUUUUAAACUCAUUUAAGUAAUUUUACUCUCCUUUUAGUGAAUUAUCACCAUUGUCCCACAAUAAAAAUGAGUUUUCACUUGAAAUUCAAUGGUUUUUUAUAUCAUUGCAACUUGAUUUUUUUAAAAGGGCGAUAGUUUCUCAUUUUUAGUGCUAUAUAACUAAAUUAUGGAUAAAGAUACAAGUGUAAAAUUUUGAUUCCUGUUGUAAAUUGAAUUUCUUCACAUGUUGACUUUUUUUGAAAAUAUUUCAAGUGAAAU